UCAUCUACGACAAUUGUUUACAUGUGGCACCUAGCCAGCCAUCCAAAGAUGAUAGAGUUAAGUAAUGAUGAUAACUAAACAUAGGAUAAAUUCAGACCUUGCACCAGAGCUGCACUCCAUAAAUUAUCAGCCUAACUUUGGCCUAAUUCAAUUCCUGGACAAUGACAGAGCCUCAAAACAGAAUAUAAGUUGUUCUAAAACCCCAUCCAAGAAGGGAAUCCAGUGAGCAAAGUCGGAGAAUUUUAGUUAUUUAUAGUUGCUGCAGAAGUCUUUCUUUGAUUGCAUCUGCAUAACCAUGGACAUCUCAUACUAUAUCCUCAUCUUCACUUUCCUUUACUUGCUAAAGAACCAUUUUCUUAGAACAUUUCAAAAUCUCCCACCAAGUCCGUUUACUUCUUUACCCAUAAUAGGCCAUUUAUAUCUAUUCAAGAAACCAAUCCAUGAAACAUUAGCCAAGAUCUCAGAAAAACAUGGUCCUUUGCUUUUCCUCCGAUUUGGAUCGCGCCCUGUCCUGCUUGUCUCUUCCCCUGAUCUUGCAGAGGAAUGUUUCACCAAAAACGACGUUGUUUUUGCCAGCCGUCCAAGGUUGCUUGCUGGAAAGCAUCUUGGUUACAACUAUACCACCCUUGUUUGGGCUUCAUAUGGCCAACAUUGGCGCAACCUAAGACGGAUUGCUACUCUUGAAAUCCUGUCCACUCUGAGAGUUCAAAUGUUUGCUGAUAUCCGUAGAGAUGAGGUUCGCACUUUGAUCCAACGACUUGUAAGGAGCGAAACCAGUGUUGGAGAUUCUAACACGAACGUGGUGGAUAUGAAGGAGGCUUUCUUUGAGAUGACAUUGAACAUCUUGAUGAUGAUGAUUGCUGGGAAGCAGUACUAUGGUGAUUCUGGUGAUAAAUUGGAGGAAUCUAGGAGGUUUAAAGAGAUUGUGACAGAAACUUUCCAAUUGAGUGGUGCAACAAAUAUAGGAGAUUUUGUGCCAAUGCUUAACUGGAUUGGAGUAAACAAACUUGAAGAUAAGGUGAAGUUACUGAAGGAGAAGAGGGACAAAUUCAUACAAGAUUUGAUUGAAGAGAACAGGAUCAACAGAAAGGGAUCUUCUGUUGAGCAAAAGAACAAUACCAUGAUUGAUGUUCUUCUAUCACUGCAAUAUUCAGAGCCAGAUUAUUACACAGAUGAAGUGAUAAGGGGCAUGGCAAUAGCCAUGUUAACAGCAGGGACUGAUACUACAGCUAGCACAAUGGAAUGGGCAUUAUCACUUCUUCUGAACAAUCCCAAGGCACUAAAGAAAGCUCGAAACGAAAUAGACACUCACAUUGGAGAGUCAUCAAGAUUACUCGAUGAUUCAGACCUUGUUCAACUCCCUUAUCUCCAUGGCAUCAUAAAUGAAACUCUUCGAAUGUGCCCAGCUGCUCCGCUUCUUGUGCCACAUGAGUCCUCGGCUGAGUGUGACAUUGGAGGUUUUCGUGUCCCUCGUGGUACAAUGUUGCUAGUGAAUUUGUGGGCGAUACAAAAUGAUGCUAAGUUGUGGCAAGACCCAAAUGAUUUCAAGCCUGAAAGGUUCAUCGAUUUCAAAGGGCAACGAGACGGGUUCAGGCUAAUGCCAUUUGGAUAUGGCAGGAGAGGAUGUCCAGGUGAGAAUUUGGCAAUGCAUGUAGCUGCUUUGGCAUUAGGAUCACUUAUUCAAUGCUUUGAAUGGGAGAGGAUAAGUGAAGAGCCGGUUGACAUGACUGGAGGACCUGGACUCACUAUGCCUAAGGCUAUACCGUUGCUAGCUAAAUGUAGGCCUCGCCAAAAUAUUGUCAGCCUUCUUGCUCAUUUGUAGCUUGCUAAUUGUUCAUAGCAUGCGAGGUAAAAUCAGUAAUUAUUGGAGAGAGCAGGCUUCCUGUUCUAGCAUCUCUCUUCUUUAGUUGCUAAAACAACGAUUACUACAUCUCAAUCCAAUUUCUAGUCGUGUAACAUCUAGUUUAUGUUACGCCUUUUGCUUUAGCUUGUGCAAUACUUGAAUACAAUUAUCGCUCAAUUUAUGCAUUCAAGUUGAAGCUCAAGCAUAAGCAUGCAUCAAAUAAAUGGAGUAAGAGGAAAGCAGCAUCUCUUUUCCGGGAAGUCAGUCUUCUCAUGAGAGGAAUUGGUGUUCCAAACCUCCUCCCGUCAAAUGGAAAAAAGGAAUUGUGGUCUGAUGAGGGGCUGUUGAAGGAUCAAUGUCCUAUCAUUUACAGUUUGGUUUUAGAUCAACAGUAUCUGCUGGCUGAUUGUUUUAUUGAUGGAGGUUGUAACUUCCAUUUCAGAAGAGAUUUUAAU